AUGGAAAGCUUUGAUGAAUAUAAGCUGCACUGGGAAACCAACAGCAACUAUAAUGCUGAAGAACUAAUACGCAGCUUGUUGCAGGAUGACACAUUAUUAGCCCCCGGCGAUUCCAUUGCACCAGACGGAGGCCAGCCUUCAGCUGCAUCAAGAAACAUAGUCGCCGAAAGAAACAGAAGGCAGAAACUAAAUGAUAGGCUCUAUGCCCUCCGAGCUAUUGUGCCCAACAUAACUAAGAUGGACAAGGCAUCGACUGUGAAAGAUGCAAUAAGCUAUAUUCAAGAACUGCAAGAACAAGAAGGAAGAAUUCAGGGUGAAAUAGCACAACUUGAGUCAAUGGCUUCCGAGAAACAAGAUUGGUGUAAGAAGAAAAGAAUUGCGCAUGAGCAACAACAGCUGUCUUCCUAUGUCUCCGGGGGUGGAGGAUCAUCGUCAUCACCACCGAUCCAAGUCAUUGAUAUAAAAGUGUCGUACGUUGAAGCAAAAAUAAUCGUGGCGAGCUUGAUAUGCAGUAAAAGAACGGACGCAAUAAUCAAGCUUUGCGAAGCUUUUGAAUCAUUGAAGUUUAAGAUUAUCACAGCCAACAUUACUUCCUUCUCUGCUACCCUUUCAAUGACAGUUUUUAUCGAGGCAGAUGAGAUGGAGAAAGAUACAAUAAAGAUAGAGAUCGAAACUGCUAUAAGAGCUGUCAAUCAUCCAGGCUUGCAGUCCAAUGAGUUGCUACCUUAACAAUGAUACAUAUAUUGUUAAGUGUAAUGAAGCAGAUGAUUGUUACUGGUUUAUUUCAGUCUAUUUUGUUUAUUCUAAUAACAGUCUCACUGUGGUAUGCAGUUGAGUUAGCUAGCCUUGUCACUACUGAUUAGGAUUUGUAUAGGGUCCAUCAGUUGUGUAAGGUGUAGUAGUCUUUUCUUAAGUUGGUACGUUGGUAGUACUGUUAUACAGAUAAAAAGACACAGGGGUGUAGACUGUGGUCCUCAAUGCAGAAUAUGCAAGUUUCUUGUUAUGCAGAGUUGUUCCCAUUCUCUCACUGAAUUACUUCAAAGUUAUCUUCAUGCUUUAGAUGCAUAAAAGUUUUCAUGGUAUCAGAGCUAGCAUAAAUAACUAAGUUUUAUAUCGAUUUUGUGGUGAGAAGUUAAAGUUUUAUACAAGUAGCUGAGUGUGUAAUUACUAGUGUCUAGAUAGGUGAGUGUUGUCAUGUUAUUAUCAAACACAAUAUCCUAGUUUCUAGAUCUACUCACCGCUAACGACAAACUUUCAUUCACGGACCUCUAAAACCCUAUCUUUUUACACCCAUCUGAUAGGCCAACCUCGAUAUAACGUAACCAAAUUACAAGAUGCGGGAGACUAUGGAACAUGGAGGAGGUCAUUUGAGAUUCAGUUGUCGGGAAAAAGAAAGCUUGGGUUUAUAGAUGGGUCAGUUUCAAGAAGCACAACAGAUGCGGUGGAAGCGGUUCAGUGGGACACAUGUAAUACAUUGGUAAUUUCUUAGAUCCAUAACAAUAUUUUUCAGAUAAUAUUAAAUCUUCUGUGUUGUUUAUUGUUGGAAUAAUCUUAAACUUAGGUGUUAUUAAUUAUUUGUUUUAUAAUUUGUUUUGUUUUAAUUGAUUGUUUGAAUAAGUCAGAUGUAUCCAACGUGUUUGUAUGCAACUGAAUAGGUCGUGAGGAGUUGAGUAUUUUUAGGAAAGUAGUGGAGUCAUAUCAGGUGAUGCUCCUCGUUUGUCGCAGUAGUAGGAGUUUAAGUCUUUAGUAUUCUUCGGUUUAUGUAUUUUUAACUCAGUAAUAUCAGUCAAGUUUCACUUUGUAUUCUCUCAAUUUAUAUUCAUACAAUCGAUCAUAUAUUUCAACAUAUGGUAUCAAAAGUCAAAGAGGGAACAGUGAGUAUAGACUAUCCGAUAUUGUCAAAAUCCAACUACACGGCGUGGUCAAUGAAGAUGCAGGUCUUCAUGGAAGCUCAGGGAGUUUGGGAGGCUGUGGAGCCUAGUGACCCGAAGGUGAAUGUUGAAACACGGAUGGAUAAAAUGGUGUUGGCAGCAAUUUAUCAAGGCAUCCAGAUGAGUUUAUGUUAAGUCUCGCUGGUAAAAAAAGGCUAGAGUUAACAUAAACUUCUCUGGAAUGCCUUGAUAAAUUGCUGCCAGCGCUAUUUUAUCCAUCCGUGUGUCAACGUUCACCUUCGGAUCACUAAACUCCUUCAUGGACAGAGCCUCAAACUCAGACCUGAGUGUCUGCACCUUUGCCUCUUGAACUCUUUAUGCCCCUAUAGACAUAGUAAUACUGCUGCUGAUAUAUGGAAACAACUUGAAAAAUAGUUUUCCCAGUCCAAUAGUUCAAGAAAGUAUAAACUAAUUAAGUCGAAACAAAAUGGGAUGAAGGUUAGUGAUUACUUCAUCGGCUAAAACAGUCCGUGGGAAGAAAUCGAUUUGAUGAAUAUCUUGCCCAGAAUCAUAGUCAUCACAAAUCUGUCGAAUGCCGUGGACACCAUGAAGGAGGCGAAACUUUUUCAGUUUUUUUUUUUUUGCUAAAUAGAAACUUUUUCAGUUUUUAAAUGGUCUGGAUGAUACAUAUGAGGUAAAAAGAAGCCAACUUCUCAUGAUUUGGUGCCAAAGGUUAGUGCACACACCAAUAUCCAAAUUACAAAAUAUUGCUCAAGUAAAACACUACCUUCACCAACAUAAGCAACAGGUAUGCCUCACAUGUCUUGUAAUUAAAAUGACCAAAAUACUAACUUUAUCCAUUAGUAAAUCAAAUGCAUCAUAAGCUUUUAAUUUGAUCCACAUGGAUAUAUGGGGUCCAUCUCGAGUGCCAACUCGAGGAAUAUAUAUAUUUUCUUCCUUUGGUGGAUGAUUUUGGUCAUCGGUGAGCAAAACCGGAUAUCCGGUCCGGUUAUGAAUUAUAAACCGGAUAUCCGGUUUUUCUAAUCACUAAAUACUUAUUCCGGUUCCGGUUUAAUCGGAUAUUCAGAUAUCUUUUUAAACCGGUCGAAAAACGGAUAGUCUGGAUCCCAUUUCUUAAAAAAUAUUAUGCAUUACUUUCUAAUUCCAUAAAUUUGUAAUGUUUAAUUUAUUUUUUCCUACAAGUAUGAAAUGAAAAACUACUAACAGUAGCUUAGGCAGGACUGUUUUUAAUACAUAAAGUUGCAUGUUCAAUUUUUUCACAUCUGUCUCUCUACUUCUGCAUAACCGGGGACUCUUCUCCGCGGAUGUUUAUUAGUGCUAAAAUUCUCCGUCUGCGUGUACUUAAAUCUCUACAUCUUAAAAUCACUGGGAGGAAAUUUCACACAAUAUUACUGCUAAAAGAACAUAGAUGCACAAAAGUAAUUUGUAAUAGAUCUUCUAUUUAAAAGAUUAAGAAAAAUAUUAUAUAUUAUUUAUAAAAGUAAUUUUUAAUUUAAAAUAACAAAACCGGAUCGGAUGCGGAUAUCUGGUUUCUUAUAUAUAUGUGAUCCGGAUCCAGAUCCGAAUUUAUUAAAAAAAGCCGGAUCUGAUAUCCGGUCCGGUUUAUUCGGAUCGGAUAUCCAAAUUUCCGGAUAUUUUAAAUCGGAUACCAGAUCGGAAAAUCGGAUAACUCGGAAUUCGGAUUUUUAUGCUCACCCCUAACUUUAGUCGAAUAAAAUUGGUCUAUUUGGUUGACAAUAAGUCAGAUUACUUAAAAAAUAAAAAAUUUAUGUUGCUACACAAUUCGAGGGAAAGCUAAAGGUGGUACGAUUUGAUAAUGCCCCGGAAUUAUCAAAGUUACCAUGCUCUUGAUAUAUACAUAAACGACUUGCCCAGUUGCCCAUAUGCGGAAAUUAUCAAAGUUGAUAGAAACGAGUUGUUCAACUGUUGGUGUCUCGGCAUAUACGGCCACGUAAGGGUGUUCGCGGUGCGGGCGGUGCGGUUUUUUCCAAAAAUCACAAAUCAAUCCGCGCAUGCGGUUUGGGAAAAUUCAUAAACCGCAACCGCACCACGUAAUAUAAAAACCGCGUAAACCACACCACAAAAUUGCGGUGCGGUGCGGUGUGGUGUGGUUCAUGCGGUUUGCAUGGUUUAUACAUUCAAAAAAUUUAUACUUUUGAAUGACAAUAUAAAUAUAAUUUUAAACUAUAAGUAUUUAAAUUUUUUUUAUGAUACACACACACACACACAAAUUUAGAGUUACGAUACUCAUAAAAAAAAUAUAAACUAAAAUAUAAGUAUGAUAAUGAUGAAGAUGAAAAGAUUUCAACACUAAUACGUUAUUACAUAGAAAACGAAUAUAAUUAAAAUAUUUAAUUUGUCGUCUUAAAACUAACCUUAAUUUGUAUUGUAAAAUUCAAAUUUGUAUUGUAUUUAAUUUGUAUUCUUGCCUUAUUUGGAUGAAUUGGGAACGAUUGUCCAAGCACAAAGCGGAGGGUGGCAUGGGUUUUAGGGACUUCCGGGACUUCAACAUUUCCAUGCUAGGCAAACAAGGCUGGAGUAUUUAUGAAGCAAAGCAGCUGAUUGUGGAAGGUGUUCGAUGGAGAAUUGGCUCAGGCAAGAAUAUAAAUAUUAUCGGACAACCAUGGUUAGCCAAUAAUGAUAGCCCGUAUAUCACCACUGACUCCCAAGCGUUGAAAGAUCGUUCAGUGGCAUCUCUGUUCCAAGACGGUAGUAAACAGUGGGAUCGUGAUAUUAUUAAGUCUGAGUUUAAUGACAGGGACCAACAGAUCAUCCUUGAUAUGGUGGUUGCUGAUAACGAAGGAGAGGAUGUGUUAUAUUGGUCUCAUGAAGUUACAGGUUUAUACUCUGUAAAAAGUGCGUACAGAUGGUUACAGCAAAAGAAGGAAUCAUGGAGGUCUGCUGAUAACAUUUUCACAAAGCUGUGGAAAAUCAGAGCACCCCCAAAGUGUAUAAAUGUGGUUUGGCGUGCACUCACUAAUUGUCUUCCUACUCUCGUUCAGCUACAUAUUAAAAGAGUGCAAGUUCAAACUUUGUGUCCAGUUUGUCAGCAAGAGAACGAAUCUAUUAUGCACAGCUUGGUAUCUUGUUCUUUCGCUCAACAAUGUUGGUUGCUCCUUAAAGUUGAGAAUCAGGGGAUAUGAUGUUUAGAUUUUACUACUUGGUUGGAGCGUGUGUUGCAUACAGCAAGUUCGAAGGUCCAAGCUGAAAUCAUCACACUAUGCUGGGCAAUAUGGCGUAAUCGUAAUGAUAUAGUGUGGAACCAACGCUUCUCAUCAGUCAAUAAAACAGUAGCUGCAGCGAAGCAGUACCUUACACAAUAGUCAAUAGCCCAAAAUAGGUCUUCUACUACCCUUCUCCAGCCUACUUUCGAAGGAGAUGGUGAUUGUAUUUGGGUUAAUCCUCAACCGAAUUCUAUUAAGGUAUCAGUUGACGCGGCUGUUUUCGAAGACAAGGAUGCAGCAGGGUUGGGUCUGGUUGCGAGAGACGAUAAUGGAGAACUUAUUCAAGCAAAGACACUUAUACUGCCAAGCAAAGUUGCUCCAGUUCUAGGUGAAGCCAUGGCAGUGAAAGAGGCAUUGAGCUGGAUAGAUGUGAUGCAGUGGCCAAAGGUAAUUCUGGUCUCAGAUUGCUUGGUUGUGGUACAAGCGAUCAGGAGCAAAACACCUAUGAGAUCUCAGUUCGGUAAGGUUAUUGAAGAUUGUUGGAGCUAUAUCCGAAGGUUGAACAAAAUUUCUUUGUAUCAUGUUAAGCGUUCUGAAAAUAUGGUUGCCCAUCAACUUGCUAGGGAAUCAUAUAAUUACCCAGAUCGUAGUUUUGAUAGAGACUCAAUUCCGAGCUCUGUUAAAUAUUGUAUUGAGAUGGAUUUGAAGUGCUAAUAAAAU